AUGAGUGGGAUCCUCACCAGGCCGCUGCAGCGGGGCCAAUGCGGUGCUGCCUCACAGCAGCUGCGCAGCACCCCUUCUCGCUCCCUGUUCCGCCCGGUCGCCGCCCUCGGCGCCCGCAGCGCCCCUGGCGCCCCCCAGCGCCGCGGCCCCGCUCCGCCCCCACGCCGCGGCGCCUCGGCCGCCGUCCGCUACCGCAACGGCGACAAAGAUGCUAUCGAUGCCAUAGAGAAGGAAGCCGAUGCGGUGGCAGAGGACAUGCUGAUCCGCGAGACGGGCAAAGAUCUCGUGCCUGUUGAAAUCAUCCUGGGCCACCACUGCGAGUGGGGGCAGCGCUUUGCGAUCGUCGGCGACUGCGAGGCGCUGGGCUCCUGGGACGUCGCGCGGGCUGCGCCGCUGCAGUGGCACGACGGCGGCUCCGACGGCGACCUGUGGAGCGCGGUCGUGCCGCUGCCCCCCAACCACCCCGUGGCCUUCAAGCCCGUCGUCGUGUCGGACGCAGACGGCUCCUGCAUAGCCUGGGCUGACGACGUCACCGGGGGUGCGGGCCGCAACAUGACUGUCACCGUGACUGAGGGCGCGGAGGGCGAGGCUGGGGCCCACGUGGAGCUGCUGCCAGAGACUUCAGGCGAGGCUUUGUCGGUGACAUUUGGGGUGAAAGCUCUGGAGACUGUACCUGCGUUUUGA